AUGAGGCGAGACAUUAUAGAUAUUACUGAAAUACUGAGAAAACAAGCAAUGAGACACCAUUACAUAACCAUAGUGGGAACUGGGAGUCACAGGGAGGGGUUUCGACUGUUAGGGUCAGACAGGGACAUAAUGUCGUGGUCUAAUCACCUCCGAGUGAUCUGGGACUUAAACCAGGCUAGGAGUUACAGAAUGAGACAACUUCUGAUUCUCGCAGACAGUUCUGAUAGUCCACCGGGAUAUACAUUAUUACAGUCACUCACAACGCCAGUCAUUACAGAUUACUUGAAAUUACCCUUAAUCAGGAUAAAUGACAAAUUAUACUUGUCUAGCUCUCUGAACAGAAUAUUAGAAAUGGAACUUCCUGGAUCUUUUGAACAUGGGCCAUGUAGCAGUGGCGUUAUACUUGGGAUGAUAGAAUAUGAUAGAGCCUCUUGUUAUGCCAGCGAUUUUUGGCCUCCGUCCGCCUCUUCCUGGAUAGAAAGAUGUCACUCGUGGCCUCAUCCAAGUGUAGUAGAUGAAAUUGUCACAAACGGUUGCCACUUUGCGGCAAUAGGACAUAAACUUGGAAAUCAUGAAAACACUGAAUGGAGAAUUUCUUUCUGUACUGCUGAGUUAAAACUUGUUUAUUCAAUGAGUCAUAUUCAAUUCUUAGUUUAUGGACUACUGAAGUUGUUUUUAAAGGAAGUUAUUUCUUCAAGGUUGGGUGAAGAGGGAAAAUUGUUAUGUUCCUACCACAUGAAGACAGCCGUUUUCUGGGUGCUUCAGGAAAACAUAAUGCCCUAUUGGAACCCUCAAAAUCUCCUGCAGUGUUUCUGGGUCUGCUUUAAACAUAUUCUUAAAUGGGUGUAUGAGGGAAUAUGUCCAAACUUUUUCAUCCCAGAAAACAAUAUGUUUCUGACAAAAAUUUAUGGCAAUUCACAAAGAACCUUAUUCCAAAAGCUGUAUACGUUGUAUGAGAGUGGUUUGGAAUCUCUCCUGCACAGUCCGUCCAUUGGUCAACAUCUCAAAGUUGUACUUGAAAACCCAACACUCAGAGUUUCUACAGAUGAACGGUCAUUGGUGACCGAGUUCGACUUUUUCUUAGAACUGUUGUCGGAGGUUUCUCAAAAUGAUUCACAUGGACUUCAUAGCUUCAGGUGGUGUAUUAAUCUAUUAAAGAUAGUUGAACAGUUGGUCAAUUUACCGUUGACCCAGAAUCAUGUAGCUAUGUUACAGAAACGGACUGCCUUCAUACUUAAGUGCAUUGCUUUUAUGUUCAACAUGUACACUGCUACCAAAGUGAACAAAAUUAAGUAUAUUGCUGACAAAAUUUCCAUUCAGCUGCUGAAGUUGGCAGUCAAGUUUGGUUUUGAUUCCGAUUUAUUAUACAUUGCAAUGUAUUAUUACAAAACAUCAAGGCAUGUGAAAGCUUUAUCUGUUCUAAAGAUGACAAUGAAAAGGUUUGACCAUGAAUACCUCAUCUAUAAUGAAAAACCAUGUAUACAUCCUAGGAACCUGCCUAAACAAAUGAAACCAGUUGUGACACAAGAUAUUAAACUUUUGAAAAACAUAUGUUAUUUAAAUGAACUGAGGUUGGAACAGUGUCUUCAACAAAAACGACCAUCUUUCCUGCUCAUUCCUCCCCAUGUCAUGAUAGUACUGCUAGAGUUCUUGUGUUACAAACAAACAAAUUUGGUGGAUGCAAUGUCUGUUCUAUUUGUACUACAAUCCCAAAUAAACUCUCAUCCAGAUAUUUUUCCUGAAUCAACGAGAGGCAUAUCUUGGGAGAUUCUUGGCAAUUGUCAACAGAUGUUGGGGUACACUAUGGACGCUCUUUAUUCCUAUCAACAAUCACUGCAACAGCAAGGAGGACCCCAAAUACAAAUUGCUACAAUAGUCAGAAUCAUUAUAGCUAUAUACAAGAUUUUAGGAAUUUAUGACAUGUAA